AUGCAGUUUUCCGCCGUACGGCCGCCCGCCGGCAAUGAGUUGUUAGUGUCGGCGCGCGGCGGGUGGCGGGAGCGGCGGCGCGGCAGUAGCGGCAGCAUGGGCGGCGCACGUAGCCUGGCGCUGCUGCUGCUAGCAGCGCUACUGGCGGCCGCCGGUCCCGUGCCCGACCCGCCCGCAUCGCCCCGGACACGUGCCGCUCGCGCCAGCUGGGAGGUGUCGCCGAGUCCGCCGGGUGUGGAGAGCGUGGGUGUGCCGCUAGAUGCGCUGGAGGGCGCGCUGGACACGCCGGACGCGCUGGACGCGGCGCUGGGCGCGGAGGAGGCGCCGGCGUGGCGCGAGCUAUGGUACGCGUCGCUGGAGGCGCGACGCCGGCAGCCUGUGCUCAACGCCUCGCGCGAGGACGUACUGGCGCAGCUUGGCUCCACCGCCUUCCUGCACUGCCCCGUGAGGCACCUCGGCGAGCGUGGCAUCUCAUGGGUGCGGAGACGAGACUGGCACAUCAUCAGCUCCGGCCUCUUCAUGUAUACGAAUGACGAGCGCUUCCAGGUUUUACACAGCGAGGGUUCGGACGACUGGACGCUGCAGAUCAAGUUCGUGCAGAAGCGCGACAACGGCACGUACGAGUGCCAGGUUUCCACCGCGCAGGGCCCGCUGUCGCGGCUGGUCGCCCUGCACGUGCUCGUGCCCGAGGCCUUUAUCCUCGGCGCCGACGAGCAUCACGUGGACGCCGGCUCCACCAUCAGCCUCGUGUGCAUCAUAGAGAAGAGCCCAGUGCCGCCUCAAUACGUGUUCUGGUACCACAACGAGCGCAUGAUCAACUACGACGCGUCGCGCGGCGUGGCGGUGGCGACGGCGCCGGGCGCGCGCACGCAGUCGUCGCUCACCAUCCGCGACGCCGCGCCGCGCCACUCCGGCAACUACUCCUGCCGCGCGCCCAACACCGAGCCCGCCGCCAUCUACGUCUACGUCUCCGAAGGCAGCGACAAGAUGGCGGCGACGUUGUCGCGGUCGCGCGGCGCGCGGCUGCGGGUGACCGCGGGCGCCGCGCUGCUGCCGCUGCUGGUCGCCGCCGCCACCGCCACCGCCACCGCCACCGCCACCGCCACCGCCGCCGCCACCCUCGCCACCCUCGCCACCCUCGGCGCCGGCGGGCGCCCGUGAAACGCGCAGCCACACCACAUUCAAUAUUACUAUUGAAUUGAACUAUGUUAAAUCGUGUUAUCAACGAUCACUUGUCCGAUAUUUGUAUUAAUAUGAAGAGUUUAUCUAGUCUGUAAAUAUUAAAGCGGUCGGAGGUGUAAAUAAUUAUAUUAGGUAACUAAUUCCGGUAAAUCUAUUUCGUUGGUAGAUAAGUGUUAUCUACCUCCGUGUACAUAUUAAUGUUAAGAAUUUGAUCUGCAUUAUUGCAGUCGGUUUCUGACUCGUUUUUUAUCACGUUGAGCGGUGCCAAGUGCCGCCGUGGUCAUUCAUUGCGGAUCACCCGAAAAGCGAUACAAUGUUUUAAAUAGGCAAUUUGAACGGCACCGUCAUAAAAGACGUCACCGAGUACCAUUAGAAUGAGGUAUCGCGAGCGUGCUCGCGUCCUGCCGCAUCUCGUGGUUCUUUCGCGUAUCACCACAACAAGUAUUACUUAUACAACAAGAAUUUCUCUAAUCUGUCGCCUUCCAUAGAUUUAUACCUUACAAAAAUAAAUUAUUACAAAGUGUCA